AUGACUGACACCCGGCGGAGGGUGAAGGUUUACACGCUAAAUGAGGACCGCCAGUGGGAUGAUCGAGGCACAGGACAUGUGUCCUCUUGCUACGUGGAGAGGCUGAAGGGCAUGUCCCUGCUCGUCAGGGCAGAGAGUGAUGGCUCUCUUCUUCUGGAGUCCAAAAUUAACCCGAACACUGCAUACCAGAAGCAACAGGAUACUUUGAUUGUGUGGUCUGAAGCUGAAAAUUAUGAUUUGGCACUUAGCUUUCAAGAAAAAGCAGGAUGUGAUGAAAUAUGGGAAAAAAUAUGUCAGGUUCAAGGCAAAGACCCUUCUGUCGAUAUCACUCAGGACCUUGUCGAUGAAUCUGAGGAAGAACGUUUUGAUGAUAUGUCAUCACCAGGUCUAGAAUUGCCAUCUUGUGAAUUAAGUCGACUAGAAGAAAUUGCAGAACUUGUGGCAUCUUCACUGCCUUCGCCAUUACGUCGUGAAAAACUCGCACUAGCACUGGAAAAUGAGGGCUAUAUUAAGAAGCUCUUAGAAAUUUUUCAUGUAUGCGAAGACUUGGAGAACAUUGAAGGACUACACCACUUAUAUGAAAUUAUCAAGGGAAUUUUCCUUUUGAACAGAACUGCACUUUUUGAAGUAAUGUUUUCUGAGGAAUGUAUAAUGGACGUAAUUGGAUGCCUAGAAUAUGAUCCGUCUUUAUCACAGUCACGGAAACACAGGGAAUUUCUGACUAAAACAGCAAAAUUUAAAGAGGUGAUUCCUAUAUCUGAUCCAGAGCUGAAGCAAAAAAUACACCAGACGUACAGAGUACAGUAUAUUCAAGAUAUGGUCCUACCCACUCCCUCAGUUUUUGAGGAAAAUAUGCUAUCAACACUUCAUUCUUUCAUCUUUUUUAAUAAAGUGGAAAUAGUUGGUAUGUUACAGGAAGAUGAAAAAUUUCUGACAGACUUGUUUGCACAACUAACAGAUGAAGCCACAGAUGAGGAGAAAAGACAGGAAUUGGUGAAUUUUCUAAAAGAGUUUUGUGCAUUCUCUCAAACACUGCAACCUCAAAACAGAGAUGCUUUUUUCAAAACAUUGUCAAAUAUGGGCAUACUGCCAGCACUAGAAGUCAUACUGGGUAUGGAUGAUGCACAAGUGCGAAGUGCAGCCACUGAUAUAUUCUCAUAUUUGGUUGAAUACAACCCAUCCAUGGUACGAGAGUUUGUCAUGCAGGAAGCGCAGCAGAAUGAUGAUGAUAUAUUACUCAUUAACCUCAUUAUAGAACACAUGAUUUGUGACACGGAUCCAGAACUUGGAGGAGCAGUGCUACUCAUGGGUUUGCUUCGUACUUUAGUUGAUCCAGAAAAUAUGCUUGCCACUGCCAAUAAAACAGAAAAGACAGAGUUCUUGGGUUUCUUCUACAAACAUUGUAUGCAUGUUCUCACAGCCCCUUUAUUGGCCAAUACUACAGAGGACAAGCCUAGCAAAGAUGAUUUUCAGACAGCCCAACUCUUGGCAUUAAUACUGGAAUUGCUAACUUUCUGCGUAGAACAUCAUACUUAUCACAUAAAGAACUACAUCAUUAACAAAGAUAUCCUGCGAAGGGUACUUGUUCUCAUGGCCUCAAAGCAUGCUUUCUUGGCAUUGUGUGCCCUUCGUUUCAAGAGAAAGAUAAUUGGGCUAAAGGAUGAAUUCUACAACCGUUACAUAAUGAAAAGCUUUUUGUUUGAACCUGUGGUGAAAGCAUUUCUAAAUAAUGGUUCCCGUUAUAAUCUGAUGAACUCUGCCAUAAUAGAGAUGUUUGAAUUUAUCAGAGUGGAAGAUAUAAAAUCAUUAACAGCUCAUGUAAUUGAAAACUACUGGAAGGCACUGGAAGACGUAGACUAUGUGCAGACGUUCAAAGGACUGAAACUACGAUUUGAGCAACAAAGGGAAAGACAAGAUAAUCCAAAACUUGACAGCAUGCGCUCCAUUUUGAGAAAUCAUAGAUACAGAAGGGAUGCAAGAACCCUGGAGGAUGAGGAGGAAAUGUGGUUUAAUACUGAUGAAGACGAUAUGGAAGAUGGCGAGGCAGUGGUGCCCCCUUCUGACAAAACUAAAAAUGAUGAAGAUAUUAUGGACCCUAUCAGUAAAUUCAUGGAGAGGAAAAAAUUAAAAGAAAGUGAAGAAAAGGAAGUUCUUCUGAAAACUAACCUUUCAGGUCGUCAGAGCCCAAGUUUCAAGCUUUCGUUUUCCAGUGGUACAAAAUCUAACCUUACCAGCCAGUCAUCUGCAAGUAAUCUGCCUGGCUCCCCAGGGUCUCCAGGAUCCCCUGGGUCCCCUGGGUCUCCAGGCUCAGUUUCUAAAAGCACAUCUCAGAUGGCAGCUAUUACAACUAAGGGAGGCCUCGUUGGGCUUGUAGAUUAUCCUGAUGAUGAUGAAGAGGAUGAUGAAGAUGAAGAUAAGGAGGAAACUUUACCUUUGUCAAAGAAAGCAAAACUCGAGUCAUCAUAAUGGCAACUGCUGAAGAACGUUACCAGUUGGGGAAGGAUGUUUUUUCCGAAAACAAGAGACCCACAGCAAAGCAGCAAUCUUCUGUGAAUUCCUGUGUGUGACACAGAUCAACCUAUACAAACAGAUUUCUGCCAAUCAAGUGCCAAUUCAAAGGAGCAGAAGAAGGGGAAAUACUUUGUUUAGGGGAAGGACUUACGCCUUUGAGCUCUCCAGCUUGGACCACACGUUGCCCUUUUCUCAGGGAAGGAAAUGGAAAUCAAAAACAAAAACAAGCCAACAGGGCAGGAGUUUUGUUAGUGGAACUCUGGAUUGGCUGGUCAGUUGCUACAAUCAGAAUAUGCUUUCUUGGACCACGUAUGAGACUUCUGAAGAAAAGGCGGGUUUUGCCAUAAUUCUUCACUAGUUAAGAAUGCCAGCAAUUUCUUUGUAUAAAAGAGACCUGCCUUUGAAAUCAUACGGUCUGAACAUUUUAGUCAAGCUACAACAGGUUUUAAAAACCUCUACGGGGGAGGGCUGAAUAUAAAGUUUCCUCUUUUUUUUUAAUCUGUUCUCUUUGCCCUUUAAACUGCAGAAUUUUUUUGGAGGUGGGGGAUUUGUUUGUCCCUUCUUGAUUAAAGAUUGAGUGGAAUUC